GGAGUCCGUGCCGGCUCCGCAGCUACCCGCAGCCGCAGGGAGUCCUUGCCGCGCCUCCGCCGGCUGCACCCUCUUUGGCCCGCGGACUCCGUGUUGCGCUCCACCGCUGACAUGUGUGCCGCCCAGAUGCCGCCCCUGGCGCACAUCUUCCGAGGGACAUUCGUCCACUCCACCUGGACCUGCCCCAUGGAGGUGCUGCGGGAUCACCUCCUCGGUGUGAGCGACAGCGGCAAAGUGAAGGAAGCCAUGCCCUGGGAUGAACCAUGUGGGAAGAGGGGGAGGUCACUGGACCUCUGGUAUGCAGUCUCACUGCUUAUGCCACUGACCCACUGUGACACAAAGAUGCAGCUGAUAGUGUUUUUGGAAGAAGCAUCCCAACAAGAAAAGCUGGCCAAAGAAUGGUGCUUCAAGCCAUGUGAAAUAAGAGAACUGAGCCACCAUGAGUUCUUCAUGCCUGGGCUGGUUGAUACACACAUUCAUGCCCCUCAGUACUCUUUUGCUGGGAGUAAUGUAGACCUGCCACUUUUGGAGUGGCUGACCAAGUACACGUUUCCUACAGAACACAAAUUCCAGAGCAUCGACUUUGCAGAAGAAGUGUACACCAGAGUUGUCAGGAGAACACUAAAGAAUGGAACAACCACAGCUUGUUACUUUGGAACAAUUCACACUGACUCAUCGCUGCUCCUUGCGGAAAUUACAGAUAAAUUUGGGCAGCGGGCAUUUGUGGGCAAAGUCUGCAUGGAUUUGAAUGACACUGUUCCAGAAUACAAGGAAACUACUGAGGAAUCAGUCAAGGAAACAGAGAGAUUUGUGUCAGAAAUGCUCCAAAGGAACUAUUCUAGGGUGCAGCCCAUAGUGACACCACGUUUUCCCCUUUCAUGCUCUGAGACUUUAUUGGGUGAACUUGGAAACAUUGCGAAGACCCGUGAUUUGCACAUUCAGAGCCAUAUAAGUGAAAAUCGUGAUGAAAUUAAAGCUGUCAAAAACUUAUACCCCAGUUAUAAAAACUACACAGAUGUGUUUGAUAAAAACAAUCUACUGACAAAUAAGACAGUGAUGGCGCAUGGCUGCUACCUUUCCGAAGAAGAACUGGAUGUAUUCAGGGAACGAGGAGCAUCCAUCUCGCAUUGUCCCAAUUCCAACUUGUCGCUGAGCAGCGGCCUUCUCAAUGUGCUCGAGGUCCUGAAACAUGAGGUGAAGAUAGGGCUGGGCACAGAUGUGGCUGGUGGUUAUUCAUCGUCCAUGCUUGAUGCAAUCAGAAGAGCAGUGAUGGUUUCCAAUACCCUUUCAAUUAAUAAGAUAAAUGCAAAAAGCCUCACCCUCAAAGAGGUCUUCAGACUAGCUACUCUUGGAGGAAGCCAAGCCCUGGGGCUGGAUAAAGAGAUUGGAAACUUUGAAGUGGGCAAGGAAUUUGAUGCCCUCCUGAUCAACCCCAAAGCAUCUGACUCUCCCAUUGACCUGUUUUAUGGGGAUUUCAUUGGUGAUAUUUCUGAGGCUGUUAUCCAGAAGUUCCUCUAUCUAGUGUCGGCAAGUGUUUUCUGCUCUAUCUCCCAGUCCCUGACAAGGGAAAUUUGUUUCCUGGAGUCUAACCCACACGAGUGGGCCUAGGAAGCUGGCUGACAUGUGCAAGAUCCACUAAUAGGCAGCAGCUAUUCCAGGCCUUUGCAAGAUCCUAUGCUUUUCCCUUCCUUAAGGGUGUACAUUUUGAUACAUCAGUUUUCAUUUAGAUUUAGGACUCAAAUGCAGUCAACAUAGAUAAGUGUAGCAUCAGAAGCUAUGGAAGAAUGGCCAUAUACAACUAAUCUGUCAAAUGUUAAAUUUAGUCCUGAUAGUAUGUUAAAACCUGAAAUAUCUUUUCUAGUAAAAAUAGAACGUGUUGAAAUGUUUAUAUGUACUUUUAUCUCCCUGAAUCGCUUAUAACUUAGGUGUUUUAUUUCCCCAAGUGCAGUGUUGCUGAAUGUUGCAUGUGCUUUCUGUGGUACUGCAGGCACUAGCCAUACACGUGCCCAGAUGUUCUGCACUUUGAAGUGUUGCCUUUGCUUCAUGUAAAUUGACUUUCUGAAUUGCAGAGAGGCAGUAUUCCAAGCCAAUCCUAUUUGUCACUUUAUGUUUGAAUAUUUUGCUCUCUGACAGGAAAGGAAGAAUUAAAACUUCUUCUCAGCCCCCUCACCCUACCCUGCACUAUUUGCCUCAGGUUUCAUGAUACUUUUAAUGGAAUACACUUUAACAGGUAAAAACAUAUUCAAUAAUAUGGACUGUCAUGCAUUUAAAAAUACUUUUGCAACCAGAACACAAAAGCAGGCUAAUCAGCUAAGGCGAAUUUAAUUUUCAAAAGAAAAUGAAAUACAGGAUUAGGACAGGAGAGGCUGUCCAGGUAACUGUAAACUGAGACUGAGGAAACUCUGUCCCUUAUUUAUGCUUCCAGCUUCUUCUGAUUUAAUUGUCAAAGGUUUUAGAAUCCAAGGGAGUAUCUCGGAGUAAGCUCCCUUCUUGCCAGGAGGUCUUUCUAAAUUGACAUUGUGAGUGCUGAGCCCCACCGUAUCUCUUUUUCAUUUCUGUGAGAAUUCUGUACCGUCAGGGAAGAAAGGCGGUGGGGAAGCACCUCUGUUAUGCUUAGCUGAUGUGAAGUGUGCCCUUGAAUAGCCCUGUUGGCAGCUACGGGUGAGAUCUCAGAAGGGAAAUAUAAUGGCUGUGAGAUCCAACAAUGUACUUUGGAUCUUCACUCCCUUCCAGACUCUUCUUAUUCCUAAUCUUUCAUCCCAGAAUCAGACAUAAGGAAAGCUUUAAAGGCAAGCUGGGAAGCACAUUUUAUCAGUCCUACCUUGUGCUAUACAUGGAAGAUGUCCCAAAUUGGAUGCUUCUGUAACCUAGUGGGCAGAGAUAAUGCUGCCAAAAACAUUCACGUGUUUAAAAAGUGUUCUGAGUUAUUAUGAGGUGGACUAAAAAAUGUGUUACGGACAAUGUCUUGAAGUAAUUUUCAAAUUUGUGAAUUGCUGUGAAAUUUUAAGGUGUUUCUUUUACUUUGCAACUUCAGGUCUACUUAGCCAACUUUAGGUAUGACUUUGGACCCUGAUUUUUUUUUAAUGUCUCUAAAGGAAAAGCAUGGGAAGAAGUGCACCAGUGUGUGGACACUUGCUGGAAGCCCUGGCAUUGGGCACAUGCAUGUUUUCAUGCCCAGCCACCAUUCCCUUCCCCUCCGACAGCCCUGAGUUUGAGAAACUAAGAGGUGAGGGGUUAGUUUGUACAUCUGGUCCAAAUUUAGUGAAAUGCAAAAGUUGAACAGGCCAUUGAUAAAACUAAAUGUAAAUUCCAAGAUGGUUUCCACAGUCUGGGGUUCAAGUGACUUGAGUAGCAGGUGUUAUGUGGUGUUGAUUUACCUGUUCACCUCCUGCUCAGAGGCCUGUCAGAAAGCUUUCUUUAUCCAAAACCACCUUACAUUGUGUUAAAACUUCUAUUUGCUGCUCUUAAGAAUAUAUCUAUGUACGUAUUCAUGGGGACAUCUUUCCUCAAUAUUUGUAUGAUUUGCUUAUUGUUCUGUGCUGAGUGAGCUCCUUUGUGAUUCAGACAAAAAUAAAUGAGAUUUUUGUGUUUACAUUUUUUGUUGUUGUGAGUUCUGUCAGUCUGAUAGAAGGGGGAUUAAUCUUAUAAUGUUUUUCUCCUUUUAACGUGAAUUUAAAAAGACAGACAGGGUCAACUGUAUAGUGACAGAUGGAAACUAAAUUUUUGGUGAUGAGCAUGCUGUAAUGUAUACAGAAGUAGAAAUAUAAUGUUGUACACAUGGACCUUAUGUAAUGUUUUAACCAAUGUUAUUGCAAUUAAGAAAAGAAAUAUCAUAAGACUGCUUUAAAAAACCCAAAAAAGACAAAACAGAACAUUUAGCUGUGGGCCAACAUGUAUCUGCCAUCCUAUAAUAGUCACUGUACAUAGCUCUUAAAAAUUAAGCUAUUGCUACAAUGUUCAGCCCUUUAGAAUCAGAUUGCUACUGCCUUUGAUUUCAGCAGAGUUGGAAUUUCCUAUUUUCUAAGCCACAACCCAGAGUGAGACAUGCACUUCAACAUCAAGAAUUAGUUCACAUACACACACAUGUGCGUAUGUAUUGAAAAUAAAAGUCUCCGCAAAGUAAUACUUUCUCCAUUUGUGAUGCCCUGGGCUCUUUUCUAGUCUGUUCUAUUCUAUUCUCUGUAAUUUUUUUUAUGCUGAUAGUGAGUUCCUAAAUUGGUUCCUCGAACAUCCAGUGGGUCGUCACCUGCAGUGUGGAAGCAGUUUCCAGGGCCUCUUGAGCUGUGUACUUUAAGUGUCCAUGACUCCAUUCUGUGAUUUGGCUGUGACAUGAAUGCCUGCCUUAGACUCGUGAGGACUAAAUAAAACAAUAAAUAGCCAGCACUUACGACAGCGUCUAGGACAGAGUGAGUACUCACUGUAUGAUGGUUAUUAUUUUGAACAUGAAUACAGACUGAACAGAAAGAAAAAUAAUUUAAAAUGUAUUGU